AUGGAUCAUCUGGAAUCGGUGCACAACCACAUCAAGGACCCCGGGUUCUUGUCUAUGUUGAAGAAAAAGGCGCAAGAGAAUUUGAUGUCCUCAAUGAACGCAUCCUUUGCCUUUAAAACAGCGUGUUUCGCGGUUCUAUUUUUCUACCUCGGAACGCUCUACUUGAAGAAAAACAAUUUGAUCUCAAGGAAAAUAUUCUCCGAGUCGGACCAAUACCACAACCUCCAGUUUGGAAACACACAUCCCACGAAUGACCAAAUCUCAAGGAAAAUAUUCUCCGAGUCGGACCAAUACCACAACCUCCAGUUUGGAAACACACAUCCCACGAAUGACCAAGUGGAGGAAUGGAAAAGAAGCACAUGGGCAGACUGGUUGGUAAAGUUAGAUGAGGAUUGGAAAUUAUUCAACGCAGAAAUUGAAGACGACAAAAAAGAAUGGAUUGAAAAAAAAGAAGGAGACUGGGUAACUCUACUCAAUGACUUAGAAAACAAAUGGUUACACUUCAACCCAAAAUUAGAUGAAGAAUAUCAAAUAGAUGUGCUAUCGCAGUCAGAAACGUGGGAUGAAAAUGAAUGGAAAAAUUGGAUCUCAACAGAAGCAAAACAACUCCUAGAAGCCGACCUAAAAAAAUGGUUCACUCGUAGCGCAAUGAUAUAUUCUAAGUGGGCUAUGAAUACAUGGAAUGACUGGAAAAAUGAAAAAAUAAAAGAAUGGAUUACAAGCGAAUGGAAACAAAGUGAAGACAAAUACUGGUCUAACUAUGAUGAAUAUACUUUACAAACCCUAGACUUUGAAGACCAAAAACAAUGGUAUAAAUGGAAGGAAAGAAUAUACAGGGAAGGAGUCGAAUGGAAAAAUUGGAUUGCCGUUAGAGAAAGCAGAUUUGUCAACUCUAAUUGGAACACCUGGUCCGAUUGGAAAAAAGGGAAACAAUUACAAUUUAGUGAAUGGACCGAGACAUUUGUUGAUAACUGGAUUAAACAAAAACAAUGGCUUGUGUGGAAUGAGGAAAGAAAAAAUGCAGCCGAUGAACAGAAACUCGCAGAGGAACAAGUAGCUGCUCCAAGUCAACAUGCCACUCCUGUUAGCGUAGAAGAACCCGCCGCCGAAGCCAUGGCCGCAUAA